AUGGAAGCCGUAAGUGUCCCAGCAGCAGGAAACGGUCUCGACGACUGGGUGACUACACCUUCUGCAACGGAUAUGUUAGAAAAAGAAACGUCUGAAGCGAUGGCAUCUCCUCCAGAGGAGAGUCCACUUAAGGAAUCUGCUGCACCGAUUCAACCACGUUCAGUUGAGCCACAACAAAUGCGUAUCUCAUCGGACAGCGAGAAUGGUUUCGUGAAAGUCUAC